AUGAUGAUAUGCGUCUAUAAAUAUCCUAACUCUCAAGUCUCAACCCUUUCACCGCCAUUAAAUUUAAAAAAUAGCUGCUAAAGGGUUUUCGAAGAUGGCUCGCUGUAAACAAUACGGAUCAUCUUAUUCAUCACGAAAACCCAAGGCGGAGGUGUUGCCACCAUCUAAUCAGCGUCAGCGUGAUCUUGAGGACAAGUUUGCCAGGAUGCGUCUUACUCAAUCACCCCCAAGAAAUGUUCCGCAAACUUCAUUCAACAAGCCACCAUCAGCUAAGCAGCAAUCAUCUCGGCAGGGUGGAAGAAACAAAAAGUCUUCUUUCUGGGAGUAUGAACAUGGGUAUGCACCUGUAGUUCCAUCGUGUAUGUAUGACUGCCUUCAGGAUAUACUUGGUUAUCUCAAGCAUUUGGAGACACACCCGGAUGACCUCUAUAUCCAGAAAAGAUUGAAAGGGGCUGAGUGUCGUAUCAAGCUUUAUGCUGAUUACUUAAGGAAUCACCUGCCAAAGGACUGGAAAUAUGAUCGGGCCACUGCUGGCAGAUGGAAGCUCAGUCUGUACUAGUGUGUCGGUAUCUUUAUCUGUUGUUUUCUACCAAGGCUUUUCCUUGUCUCUAUCAUUGCAUGUGCCUUCCAUUGAACAUGUUUUACUCUCAUAUCAUGGCAUAACAACUCAUAUGUAUCUAUUGAAUUUUGUAUAUACGGAGAACAGUUGCUUUCGGCUUUUGUUUCA